GUGAUUGCAUGCAAAAAUUGAUUGUCUUUUUUGUUUGAACAUUAGUUUCCGAUCAACCGCUCACAUGUCAGGUAUCAGUAACGGCAGCCAACAACAAACGACAGUAACCAGUGAUUGCGUGCUUAUGAAAAUGAAUGUGAUCAGACUUUUAAUGACCGCCACGAGUAUUUUAGGAUUGACGUUUCUGGUUAAGUCAAAUCCCGAGGAAAAGCUAAACACAUUGUUAAGGUCCCAAAUUGCAAAUAACUCAGAUGAUAUUGACAACGAUGGAAUUGGAUGGACCACUAUUAAUGAAGAGGUUGAUGUAGUAACGCCUAUGGUUCUGUCGCACCUACAAAAACUCGGCAUCGAACAUUUGCAAUUACCGGAUAUGAAAGAAAGCAUAUCAAUAAAACCCCUUUUCAUCACAUAUGUGGCUGGUCUUUACCUAACUAAUGGUAUAGUAUACAAUCUCUUCGGAAUUUCUCGACACGGUUGUGCGUUUAUGACAUAUCAAGGCAAAUCAUUCUUGAGUCGAUUUUAUUUAAAAAUAAAUAAGUUACAGUUUGAGUAUACCUUUUCACUAAAUGUGAUGGCUGUGGAAGGUUCUGGCAAAGUUAUUGGAUUUUUGGAUAAUACCAUCGUUUAUGCAGAGUUAGCUAUAAAUGUUAUACAUUUUAAACUUCACCUGCACGAUUUUCGUAUAAUGGAAUUCAGGGCCUUUCGAGCUGUCUACACUAUUUUUCUUUUGGAGCUCGGAAAAACACGUCUAAUCACUUAACAUCCAUGUGCAAUUGGACCAAGAACGUUUAAUAAGACAACUGACUGGCAUUAUUUUAAGCCCAAUCACAAAUGUAUUUAAGGACCGCAUAACUACAUCGAUAGCAGAUGGACUCAAGGAACAAAUGCAAUCUGUAAUGGAUGACUUUAAUAAUGAGGAUCCUUUACAACUUCGAGAGUUUACUAAAAAGUUGUUAUCUGGAAUAACAGGAAAUGGGUCAAGUGAACUUAAAUACCAUUAACAGGAGUAUUCUUGCUUUUUAAAAACUUACUUUUAUUGUAUUCUUAUUACAGAUUUAAUAAAUAAACUGGUCCUGUUUCAAAAUAAAAAAAAAAA